AGCGUAAAACAUAAAUUAGCCCCGUCCCCCCUCUCUCUCCUCUCUUACCCACACUCUGUGUGUUUUUUGAAACGAGAAAGAUAAAACGUAUUAUCGCACUCGAUUUCAACCCAUUUUUCCCAAAAACUCGCCGGCACUCGGCUGAGACCUAAAGGACAAAUAAAGAAGCAAAAACUAAAGCACACUACAACCGCUUCCUCUUCCUCCGGGCGCUUUUCCGAUCAAUCUAAACAUCGAGAAGUUCAUAUACAUUUUUCGAAAACCUUCUGUAUAUAUACAUAGAUAUAUAGGUUACAAUGUCGGAAGAUGAGAAGUUGUUGAAAGAGGCAAAGAAAUUGCCGUGGGACGAGCGAUUUGCGCACAAAAAUUGGAAGGUCCGAAAUGACGCUAACAUUGACCUCGCCGCCGUCUGCGACUCCAUUACUGAUCCCAAGGACCCUCGCCUACGUGAAUUCGGUCCAUUAUUUAGGAAGACAGUAGCGGAUUCCAAUGCGCCAGUUCAGGAGAAGGCUCUUGAUGCUUUGAUUUGUUACUUGAAAGCUGCCGAUGCUGAUGCUGGGAGAUAUGCGAAAGAAGUAUGUGACGCAGUAGUAGUUAAAUGCUUGACGGGCAGGCCAAAGACAGUGGAGAAGGCACAGAUGGUUUUUUUGCUUUGGAUAGAGUUGGAGGCUGUCGAGGCAUUUUUGGAUGCUAUGGAGAAAGCAAUUAAAAAUAAAGUUGCCAAAGCUGUGGUUCCUGCGAUCGAUGUCAUGUUUCAGGCUUUGAGUGAAUUUGGAGCAAAGAUUAUUCCACCAAAAAGAAUCUUGAAGAUGCUCCCUGAACUGUUUGACCAUCAAGAUCAGAAUGUUCGUGCUUCAUCCAAGGGGCUGACACUGGAACUCUGCCGCUGGAUUUCAAAAGAGACAGUGAAAUCUAUAUUGUUUGAGAAAAUGCGUGAUACAAUGAAAAAAGAAUUGGAAGCUGAGCUUGUCAAUGUUACGGGGACUGCUAAGCCAACACGUAAAAUAAGAUCUGAGCAGGACAAGGAGCCAGAGCUGGAAGUGGUUUCUGAUGCAGUUGCCGCUGGCCCUUCUGAAGAAUCUGCUGCAGAUGUUCCGCAGGAGAUAGAUGAGUAUGACCUUGUGGAUCCUGUUGACAUUUUGAUCCCUCUGGAGAAGACAGGAUUUUGGGAAGGCGUGAAAGCAGCCAAGUGGUCAGAGCGUAAAGAGGCUGUUGCAGAGCUGACUAAGCUUGCAUCUACCAAGAAAAUUGCACCUGGUGAUUUCGCAGAAAUUUGCAGGACACUUAAGAAGCUCAUCACAGAUGUAAAUAUUGCCGUUGCAGUUGAAGCCAUCCAGGCAAUUGGAAAUCUUGCAAGGGGACUGAGAACACAUUUUUCCGGAAGCUCUCGCUUCUUGUUGCCUGUAUUACUGGAAAAACUGAAAGAGAAAAAACCAACUUUGACGGAUGCACUUACUCAAACACUCCAGGCGAUGCACAAAUCAGGGUGCUUAAUUCUCACUGAUAUUGUUGAAGAUGUCAAGACUGCCACGAAAAAUAAAGUUCCUCUAGUGCGAUCACUGACUUUAAAUUGGGUGACAUUUUGCAUUGAAACAAGCAACAAGGCUGUUAUUCUAAAAGCACAUAAGGAAUAUGUUCCCAUUUGUAUGGAGAGCCUGAAUGAUGGAACACCAGAAGUUAGAGAUGCUGCUUUUUCAGCCUUGGCAGCUGUGGCCAAGUCGGUUGGCAUGAGACCUCUGGAAAAGUCGUUGGAGAAACUAGAUGAUGUUAGAAAGAAGAAGUUAUCCGAAAUGAUUGGGGGCUCUGGUGGUGAUCCAGUUUCCACAUCCAGCUCUGGUGCAGUCCCAUCAUCCGGAGGAAUUAUGUCUUCCACCCAGGCUUCAACUGGAUCACUUGUUAAGAGGUCUGCAGCGAGCAUGCUUAGUGGAAAGAAACCUGUCCAGGCCGCUCCUCCUAGUAAGAAAGGGGCAUCUGCAAAAUCUGGUACAAAUAAGAGGGGUGAUGGAGCUACUCAGUUAAAGGCAUCUAAGCCUGUUGAAGUUGAAGAUGUUGAGCCUGCAGAGAUGAGUCUCGAAGAGAUUGAAAGUAAAUUAGGCUCCCUUAUACAGCCGGAGACGAUUACUCAGUUGAAGAGUGCAGUGUGGAAAGAGUCCUUGUCUAGCGGUGGCCUAGAUAGUCUUCCUCGUGAAGACAUUAGUGGAAAGAUAACUCCUGCUUUGCUCAAGGGACUGGAAAGUUCUGACUGGAAGGCCCGCUUAGAAUCUAUUGAAACUGUAAAUAAGAUAUUGGAAGAGGCCAAUAAGCGCAUUCAACCUACUGGAACUGGAGAGUUAUUUGGUGCUCUUAGAGGCCGUCUAUGUGACAGCAACAAGAAUUUAGUCAUAGCAACUUUGUCAACUGUUGGUGGUGUUGCUUCAGCUAUGGGACCAGCAGUUGAGAAGUCGAGCAAGGGGAUUCUGUCGGACAUAUUGAAAUGUCUUGGUGACAAUAAAAAGCACAUGAGAGAGUGCACUUUGAAUACACUAGAUUCUUGGCUUGCUGCUGUUCAUCUUGAUAAAAUGGUGCCUUACAUUACUGGUGCACUAACUGAUGCCAAACUUGGUGCGGAGGGCCGCAAAGAUCUCUUUGAUUGGUUGUCCAAACAACUAACUGGAAUGAAAGAAUUUCCUGAUGCUGUACACCUUCUAAAGCCUGUUGCAUCUGCUAUGACGGACAAAUCUGCUGAUGUUCGGAAAGCAGCAGAAGCAUGCUUUGGAGAACUUCUUAGAGUGUGCGGGCAGGAGAUGGUGAGCAAGAACCUGAAAGAUAUUCAAGGACCUGCUUUAGCUAUCGUUGUUGAGCGAUUGAGACCAUAUGGGGUACUUCAAGAAACUUUCGAUCUUGGAAGAACAUCUUCCACUGGGACAACAUCAAAGGUGGGAUCAAAGAUUGGAAAAUCCACUGGUCCUGCUGAACGUGCUUCUAGGCAUGGAAACAGAGCUGGAGCUUCGAGAGCUAUUCCUACAAGGAACUCAAGGCAAGAGACCUUAAUGUCUGUUCAGGACAUUAGUGUCCAGUCACAAGCUUUGAUAAAUGUUAAGGACUCGCACAAGGGUGAAAGAGAGAGAAUAGUUGUUCGCAGAUUUAAGUUUGAAGAGCCACGAUUGGAACAAAUACAAGAUCUUGAGAGUGACCUGAUGAAGUACUUCAGGGAGGAUUUGCACCGGAGGCUUCUAAGUACAGACUUCAAGAAACAAGUUGAUGGAAUAGAGAUGCUGCAAAAGGCGCUUCCAUCAAUUGCGAAGGAACUAAUUGAAGUUCUUGAUAUAGUCCUGAGAUGGUUUGUCCUGAGGUUCUGUGAAUCAAACACUUCCUGUCUGCUCAAGGUUCUGGAAUUUCUGCCUGAGCUUUUUGAGAUGUUAAGGAACGAGGGAUACAUGAUGACUGAAGCUGAAGCUGCCAUUUUCCUUCCUUGCUUGGUUGAGAAGUCUGGCCAUAACAUUGAAAAAGUGCGUGAAAAAAUGCGAGAGCUUACUAAGCAAAUCAUUCAUGCAUAUUCUGCUGCAAAGACUUUUCCUUAUAUUUUGGAAGGUUUACGAUCAAGGAGCAAUCGAACUCGUAUAGAAUGUGCUGACCUUGUUGGCUACUUACUGGAUAAUCAUGAAGCUGAGAUUGGUGGACAAUUAAAAUCGUUGAAAGAUGUUGCAAAUUUAACAGCAGAACGAGAUGGUGAGACUAGGAAGGCUGCGUUGAAUACUCUUGCUACUGGCUAUAAGAUUCUUGGUGAUGACAUUUGGAAAUAUCUUGGAAAGCUGACGGAGGCGCAGAGAAGCAUGCUAGAUGAUAGAUUCAAGUGGAAGGCUAGAGAGAUGGACAAAAGAAGAGAGGGCAGACCUGGGGAAGCUAGGGCUGCUUUAAGGCGUUCAGUGAGGGAUAACGGGUCCGAUAUAGCGGAGCCGAGUGGUGAAGUUUCACGGUCGUUAGCUGGCCCAAUCUUAAAUAGGGAUAUUUAUAACAAUACAGAGUUUCCGAUGGAAAGAAUUGUGAAUCUCCGGCCAGUUUCUGGUACAAUGGGUCCCUCUGACUGGAAUGAAGCUCUGGAUAUUAUAGCAUCUGAUUCUCCAGAGCAGUCUGUUGAAGGUAUGAAAGUUGUGUGCCAUUUGUUGGCCGUAGCAACCAACGAUCCUGAAGGCAGUGCCAUGGACGACAUUGUCAAAGAUGCAGACAAGCUUGUUUCCUGCUUGGCAAAUAAGGUAGCAAAAACUUUUGACUUCAGUCUGAUGGGUGCAUCAUCAAGAUCUUGCAAAUAUGUUCUUAACACACUCAUGCAGACAUUCCAGAAUAAAACUCUUGCUCAUGCCGUAAGGGAGAGUACCCUAGAUAUCCUCAUUACUGAGCUUUUGCUUUGGCUUCUUGAUGAGAGAGUACCCCGCAUGGAUGAUGGCAGUCAGCUCUUGAAAGCAUUGAAUGUUCUGAUGCUAAAAAUCUUGGACAAUGCUGAUCGAACAUCAUCCUUCGUUGUGCUGAUUAAAUUAUUAAGGCCUUUGGACCCAUCAAGGUGGCCAUCUCCAGCAACAGAUGAAUCUCUUGUCAUACGAAAUCAGAAGUUCUCUGAUUUGGUUGUGAAAUGUCUUAUAAAACUUACGAAGGUUCUUCAAAGCACCAUAUAUGAUGUCGACCUUGAUCGGAUCCUUCAGAGCAUUCACAUUUACCUGCAAGAACUAGGAAUGGAUGAGAUCAGGAGGAGAGCGGGAGCCGAUGAUAAACCUUUACGAAUGGUGAAAACUGUGUUGCAUGAGCUUGUCAAGCUUCGUGGUACUGCCAUUAAAGGUCACCUAUCGAUGGUGCCGAUAGACAUGCAACCACCACCCAUUAUUCUUGCUUACAUUGAUCUUAACCUUCAGACCUUGGCAGCUGCAAGGAUGUUGACCCCGUCUGUACCUGGGCAAACUCACUGGGGUGAUUCUGCAGCGAAUAAUCCAGCACCUGCAACACAUAAUGCAGAUGCACAGCUGAAGCAAGAACUUGCUGCCAUAUUUAAGAAGAUCGGUGAUAAGCAAACAUGCACAAUUGGUCUUUAUGAGUUGUACCGGAUCACACAAUUGUAUCCCAAGGUUGAUAUAUUUGCUCAGCUGCAAAAUGCUAGUGAGGCAUUCCGAACAUAUAUUAGAGAUGGUCUUGCCCAGAUGGAAAAGAAUGCUGCGGCUGGAAGGACGCCUUCUAGUGUACCCAUGUCAACUCCUCCCCCAUCUUCAUUAAACCUGUCUUCUCCCAAAUUUGGCACGUUAUCUCCCGUAAAUACAAACCCAUUGAAUGAUGCGAAAUCUGUAAACAAUAAAGUUGAACCAUCACAAUUUAGUUUGCCACCGUCAUAUGGCGAAGAUGACAGGGGUGGUAAUGCCCUGCUCUCAAGAGGACUCUCAUCUGAACAUUUGGAGUUACGGCACCAAUUGGGGGAACAAAGAAAUGAUAGAUUGCCUUCUGGAGUUACUAGUGGAACACUAGAAGCAAUCCGCGAAAGAAUGAAAAGCAUGUCAUUAGCAGCAACUGGGGGGAACCCGGACCCAAGUAGUAGAACACUAAUGUCCAUGAAUGGUAAUGUCAGCCACAUGGUGUCAACUCAAGCUCCUGGUAUUGAACAUUCUAGCAUUGAAAAUUCCAUUCAGAGUGGGGUUCUUCCUAUGGAUGAGAAGGCACUUUCAGGUCUCCAGGCGCGAAUGGAAAGGCUAAAGAGUGGAUCUAUGGAAUUCUAGAUGCAGAGCUUCAUUAUAUAAGUGUGAUUCUUCGGGAAUUCCCAGUGAACUUGCAUCAUAUGAUGCUUUAUGUUUGUCGAGAAACACCUUAACAACUAUACCACAGUAAUCAGCUCAUGCCUCAUUAUAAGUGGGGAAAGCAAGGAAAGCUCAGCUUGCGUUGCUAUCUGAAUUCUAUGGGACAGAGAUGUGUUAUUGAGAUCUUGGAGAUUGUGUAAUGCUUCAAGGUGUACCAUAAUGGUUUUAUCCGGCAGGGUUAGCUGUAUAUUUGUAGAGAUAUCUUACCGAUUUGAAUAUGUCUUUUUGAUAAUAUCUAAUUUAAUUGAAAGGCUCUCGUGUGUUUCAGAAAUGCUGAUCUAGUAUGUUACGCCUCAAUUGAUAGCUACGUUCUGCCAAGGUAGUUGAGAGUUGUGUAAGUUGUAUGACGGCACUUAACUGUUGUAAUCUUCCGAUUUUUACGUUUGAUUCUGUAGUUGGUAAGAAAAAUACUGUGAGUA